ACAGCAAUGCAUCUUGGGACAAAGAAGGGACCGUAGUAGUGUUGGAAAGAGUCCUUGAACGUGACAUGAAUUGUCUUUCCCACGGUUAUUUAAAUACUUUUGUGAAAAACUACUAGUGGGUAAUAACAUUUUCAACAAACUAUACAGAGUCGUGACUCGUGUGUGUGUGUGCGCAGUUGGGAGAAAUGGGAGCUGAUAAAAGGAUUAGCCGGACAGAACGUAGCGGUAGAUAUGGUUCUGAACAACCACGCGAUGAAUCAGAUUGGCGAGACAGAAGAGAGAGAGACCAGGAGCGUGAUCACAACAUGCGCCGCUGGGGCGAAGAGAGACGCAGUGAUCGUUUUGAAGGAGAUCGUCGAGGACCUAGAGACAGUCCAGAGCAAAGAGAAAGGAAACGACGUAAUAGUGAUAGAUCAGAAGAUGGUUAUCACUCCGAUGGCGACUACCCAGAUCAGGAUUACAGAAGAGAGCCUGGGGACGAGAAGAAAAGCAAAACCAUCAUGCUCUGGGGUCUGUCUCCUCAUGUCACUGAAGACCAUAUUUGUUUUGCCAUAGACCAGUUGGAAGGACCGCAGCCAGUGGAUGUCAGGCUGAUGAAAAAGAAAACAGGUAUAAGCCGUGGUUUCGCCUUCGUGGACUUUUAUCACUUGCAAGAUGCUACCCGAUGGAUGGAGACCAAUCAGAAACGUCUGACCAUCCAAGGCAAAAGCGUGGACAUGCACUACAGCCAUCCCAGAAACAAGUAUGAAGACUGGCUCUGCAACACUUGUGGCCUGUACAAUUUCCGGAGGAGGCUGAAGUGCUUCAGGUGUGGAGCAGCCAAAGCCGAUAGUGAAAACUGCAAUAAUACUGGAGUCUCUGAAACUCACCCCAACGGAGAUUUCUAUGGAGACACGAUCAUCUUGAGAAAUGUUGCUCCUCUGGCCACCGUGGACGCCAUCUUGACAUCCCUAGCACCAUAUGCUAAUCUUUCAUCAAACAACAUUCGCCUCAUUAAGGACAAGCAGACAGGCCAGAACAGAGGUUUUGCCUUUGUACAGUUGUCCUCUCCUCUGGAGGCCUCUCAGCUGCUAACCAUCUUACAGGGACUGCAGCCACCUCUAAAACUGGAUGGAAAAACAAUUGGUGUGGAUUAUGCUAAGAGUGCUAGAAAGGACCUUUUACUACCUGAUGGGAAUCGUGUCAGUGCCUUCUCUGUGGCCAGCACAGCCAUUGCUGCAGCCCAGUGGUCUUCAAGUCAGCCAAAGCAGAGCUCAGACGGAAUGUCAGAGUACAGCUACCUACAAGAAGGCUAUAUGCCAAUGUCACAGGACUACCAGGCGUACUACCAGCAAGCGGCAGCAGCCAGCACCUCCCAGGGAAAUGGGAUACUAGGAGCGGCCCCAGGUGUAAAGAUUGUUCCAGCUGGAGUAGUUAUCGCACAGGGCGCACAAGUCUACCAAGCCCAUAUAAUCGGUCAACCUGCUGUUCAGGUAUUGUCACUCGCCCAGCAGUUGGAAGCAAGAGCGCACACGGGACAUCUUUCAGGCCUUGAUGCUGCAUCUGUGCCUGUUGGAUUUGGAGCUGCUGCCAGUACAUUAACAGCCUCAGGACAGACAGCUGACACCAGUGCUGUUCCUGACACUUCCACCUACCAGUAUGAUGAGUCCUCUGGCUUCUAUUAUGAUCCUCAAACUGGCCUCUACUAUGACCCAAACACUCAUUAUUACUACAACUCUCAGACCCAGCAGUAUCUGUACUGGGACAGUGAGAAACAGACGUACGUACCUGCCUCAACAGACACAAAUGCUGCACUAAAUGAUAAUGCAGCAGCAGGCAGCAAAGAAUCAAAAGAGGGAAAGGAAAAAAAAGAAAAGCCUAAAAGCAAGACUGCUCAACAGAUUGCUAAAGACAUGGAACGGUGGGCUAAAAGUCUCAACAAGCACAAAGAGAACUUCAGGGGUGGCUUUCAGCCUGUUAGUCAAGAAGAGAGGAAGGAGGCAGCAGCUGCUGAUGCUGGCUACAUACUGUUUGAAAAGAAGCAGGCAGGCAGUCUAGAGAGACUCAUGCCAGAGGUGCCAAGAGGCCCAGAGGAGGAGCCACCAACCAGCUCAGUCAACACUUCAAAGUGUGGUCUUGUGGCAGCCUACAGUGGAGACAGUGACCCCGAGGAAGGGGUAGCAGAUUCUGAUUGUGGUGAUGGAGUCCAGGACAAGCUGACAGACUGGUCAAAGUUGGCCUGCUUGCUGUGUAGGAGACAGUUUCCCAACAAAGAAAGUCUAAUUCGACAUCAGCAGCUCUCUGACCUUCACAAGAAAAACAUGGAGGUUUUCCACAGAUCCAAACUGACCGAAGCAGAACUGGAAGAGUUGGAGAGAAAAGAAACUGAGCUAAAAUAUAGAGACCGUGCGGCUGAGAGGAGAGAAAAAUAUGGCAUCCCCGAACCGCCAGCACCCAAAAAGAAGAAGUUCAGCCAACCAGCACCUGUCAUUAACUAUGAACAGCCCACUAAAGACGGCCUCAACAGUGACAAUAUUGGGAACAAAAUGCUGCAGGCUAUGGGAUGGAAGGAGGGUAAAGGCCUCGGUCGCAACCAGCAGGGAAUCACUGCACCAAUUGAGGCACAGUUGAGAACAAAAGGAGCUGGACUUGGUACUAAAGGCACCAACUAUUCCCUCUCUGCUUCGGACACGUACAAAGACGCAGUACGCAAAGCCAUGUUUGCUCGCUUCACUGAAUUGGAAUGAGUUGGCCGUCUCGGGCUCAAGUCAUUUAUCAUCAUGGCCUGAAGAGUUGCUUAUUUCUGAAGUGGAGCGCCACCAUGUCUGCAUCAACAAUGACGUGAAGUGACAUGGAAGCUAAAGAGACGUUCUCCCUUACUGAUUUUACUCUGUAUGAUGCCGUUUCUCAAAAACCAGACGGCAGAACAAAUCUAAAAUGGAGGCAUAAGAUGGACGAUAAUAUAUAAUUUAUAAAUUGUACAUAGACAAAGUAAAUUUACUUCUCUUUCUUGUUUACAUUUUUCUGUCUUAAUGCCAUUUUUUUUUUGUCUCAGCAUGUUAAACUGAAAUGUACAGUUUUUACAAAAAUAUUGUCUGUUUAUACAGGAAAUAAAGGAAGGAAAGUAGUUUAA